AUGGAGGAGCGGGCGCAGGAGGUGCCAGCAGCCCCGCGCACAGGAGGCCACCACCCUGGACGGGAAGGAGAUGUGUUCAACGCGCGGUACCAGGCUCUGCGCAAGCUGGGCUGCGGCGCCUUCGCCACCGUCUGGCUGUGCCAGGACACGGGGAGGAAGAAACACGUGGCUGUGAAGGUCCUGAAAAGCAGGGAAGGCUUUGCGGAGGCUGCGCAGGACGAGGUCGCUCUCCUCCACUGCGUGAGCAGCAUGAAGAAGAAGGACCAGGCAGGAGAAAACAUCGUCUGUUUGUUAGACGACUUCAGAAUGAUUGGAGAGAACGGCUUCCAUGCGUGCUUGGUAUUCGAGGCGCUGGGCCCUUCCCUGCGGUGUCUGAUGGGUAACUACGCAGCCCAGGGACUGCCUUUACCUUUCGUGAAGAAGUCUCUACAGCAGGUGCUGGCAGGGCUGCACUUCCUGCACCAGCGCUGCCGCAUCAUCCACGCGGACAUCAAACCGGAGAAUGUCUUGCUGUGCGGACGUGACAAAAGCCUCCAAAGGCUUCUGCCUGAUACACUCGACUGCGUCCAGAGAAGAGAGCUGAGGCUGCAGGGACCAGGACAUGAUCUUGGCAAUCACUUUGAAGAAUCUGAUUUAAUGACCAUAGAUGUGAAAAUCGCAGAUCUGGGCAGCGCGUGCUGGACAUACAAGCCUUUUUCCAAGGAGAUACAGACCCAGCCGUACCGUGCCCUGGAAGUGCUGCUUGGAUUAGACUACGGCACUCCUGUGGAUAUCUGGAGCACAGGCUGCCUGGCAUUCGAAAUGGCAACUGGGGAGUGCCUGUUUGAUCCUCAACCCGGGAAGUAUUUCUCCAGAGAUGAUGAUCAUGUUGCUCGUAUUAUUGAACUCCUGGGAAGAAUUCCUCCUCAGAUUGCUUUCUCCUGGAACAAGUCAACAAAAUUUUUCAGCAGGCCAG